AAGAAAAAUAUAAAUAAAAGAUCUUCGUCUGCGUUGAUUGACGACGAAGUUGACUGACAUAAGACAUAACCUCAAAUUUGUUAAAAGUUAAUUGUCUUUUUCCACUAGUUUAUACUAUGAAUAAUCUGUUUACAGUCACACGUAGGGCUAUUCAAUGCCGUUUCUUGCAUCAGACUCCCAAAUUGUUUCAAGGGAAUUUGUAUGAGCCCGAUUAUCUCGAGGCUAUGAAAUCGCAUCUGCCAAUGUACGACACUUUAAAUAUCCAAUUACGUGGCUAUGAUUAUGCCAUAUUAGAGAAUUAUCAAAAGUUUAUUCAUAAAUUGUUGAAAAAUAUGGAUGUAAAUGUGGAGGAUGCUUGGGCAACCCCCCAUCAAGUCAUUCAAGUCACAACGUAUAAACCAAAGAGUGAAAUUGUUAAUACACAAUAUAAUUUGAAGCUUUAUGAUCGGACAGUACAAAUAACUGAUGUAUUAUCAACUCAGUUGCCAGUUAUUUUACGUGCAUUGGAAGCAAGUACACCAGCGGGUGUUACGGUUCACGUCAGGCCCCAUGAAGAAUGGGACGAGGAAAUUAGAUACGUGCCUGACACGGAAUUAAAACAGUUGAAGCAGGAACUAGACGACUUAGGGGGACCUCUUAAGAAGAAAUAAAAAUGUCAUUAAUUCAAAAACUGUAUUUAAUUUUGUAUAGUUUAAAAAAUAAUUUCUAAUAA